CAGUUAGCAUGUUAGCAGAGAGUUGCUAACUAUCCGAAGUCCUCAGAAAAAAUGUCCGUAAACUAGUUUUAGCGCAGAGCUAAAAGUACAAAGUGUUCUUGGAGUUGUAGUUUGUGAACCUCUCAGUCUCCGAGGAUGUUUUCAUCUGUCUGGAAUUUUGUUAAACGCCACAAAAGGAAAUUUAUUUUCACCGGAGCUUUAGUUGGAGGAGUGUACUUCCUGGGUAAAUAUGCCCAGAAGAAGAUCAGGGACAUCCAGGAAAGGGAGGCUACAGAGUACAUUGCUCAGGCCAGACGACAGUUCCACUUUGAAAGCAACCAGAGGACCUGCAACAUGACCGUGCUGUCCAUGCUGCCUCCACUGAGAGAAGCCAUCAUCAAUCAGCUGAAUUCAGAAAGCCUCACUGCAAUGCUCAAGGCCAAACCAGCCAAUAAACUGGAAAUCUGGGAAGACUUAAAGAUCAUCAGUUUCACCCGCACCAUUGUAGCAGUGUACAGCACCUGCAUGUUGGUAGUUCUGCUGAGAGUCCAGCUGAACAUCAUAGGAGGUUACCUGUACCUGGACAACUCCGUGGGCAAGAACACAACGACUCCUCUGGCUCCCCCAGAUGUCCAGCAGCAGUACCUGUCCAGUAUCCAACAUCUACUGGGAGACGGUUUGACAGAGUUGAUGACAGUAGUGAAGAAAGCUGUACAGAACUCACUGGGAGGCAUCUCUCUGAAGCAGAGCCUGUCCGUGCUGGAGCUGGAGCAGCAGCUGAGCUGGAUCAGAGCGGAGGUGGAGGCUGGCUCUAAUCGGCCGAUGUCCUGGUACAUGCUGGCUGAUGAUGAGAAUGCGCUCGCUGACCAGGCAUGUGGGUUGACAGAAAGCGAUCUUGUGACCAUUAGAUUGUUAAAUGAGACAAGAGACAUGUUGGACAGUCCGGACUUCACCACUGUCCUCAAUGCCAGUUUCAACCGAGGUUUCUCUCGUCUUCUUGACAACCUGGCCGAGUUCUUCCGCCCGCCGCCCUUUGACUCCGCCCUCAGCUCUGCACCUGACAGUCUGUCUGCAGUCAGUCUGCCGCUGGCGAAGAUCAUCCCCAUCAUCAACGGUCAGAUCAACACCAUCUGCAGCGAGACUCCCAGCCACUUUGUCCAGGACUUGCUGAUGAACGACCAGGUGAAGGAGUUUGCUGCCAACGUGUAUGAGACCUUCAGCACCCCACAGGAGCUGCAGAAAUAACCAACCAAGCAUCAGGAGAACAAGGAGGGGAAAUGAAGAGGAAGAGGGAUUAAAACAUAAGAGUGAUUAAAGCCCUGGACUAGUCGUCCCUCCUUCCUUUCUGUGAGACACUUUUCUCCUCCAAAUCCAGACUUUUCACUCUGUGAUGGUGAGGAUUCAUCGGAGAAAUGUCCAUGACAAAGCAGGACAGGGAGUGCCUGUGUUCCCUCUGUGAACAGAGCCUUUAUGGAUUACUGUACUGGUGGAAGAAGACGAGACUCGCACUGAGUUUGUAGUCACAGCAGAGCCUGUGGUUAACUCUAGGACCACUGCAUCUUGGGAAUUGGAGUCUUAUUUAACCCGGUAAGGUGGUUUUAUUUACCUGAAGAAAUGAGAAUCUCGCUAAGACUGUGAAAAAGAGGUGAAGGAUCGGUCACAACUGUUUUUUUUUUUUAAACAAGAUGACACUGAAACAUUGUCGGUUCAUCAUGUUGAUGUAACAGAUUUUAGGAUGAUUUCCCCUUUUCUAUCAGCAGUGGUGAGUGGCUUACGUCUGUUCUUGUUUCCAGCUUCGGUCUGCACCUUGGCUGUGCGUCAAAAGAAGUUUUUUCCAUAACUCAAUCCAGGUGGUAGAGGGAUUUGUUGGACGGAUUUUUUUGUGCUAAUCAGUGUUUUUUAUUUAACCAUUUUUCUUGUCAUUGUGGAGGAAAUCUGCAGCAUACUGCAGCAUAUUGAGAUAUUACAACUUUUAAAAAUAUGAUAAUCAAAGAGUGAGAAAAGGAUGAUUAAAAUGUCGUAUUAGAACAGCCAGUGGCAUUGAGUAAUACCAAAUUAAAAAUGAAGUCAGAGGUGUGUGACAAAAAAUAGGACACGCACGCUUAAAAAUGUAUGGAGCAUUUAAUGCAGUGUCUUAAUCGCAAUUUCCUGAUGUAGUUCCAUUUUUAUCCACAAGGUGUAGCUGUUCUUUAGCGAAUGUGAGAAUCCCUCUGCAUCGCCCUCCUUCCCUUUAUAUGUAGGGCUUCAUUCCAGCGAUGUUUCUCCUGUUUUUAAGUCAGAUAAAAGUAAGAUCAAUUUGCUAGUCAUGAUUCUGUCCUUGACAGCAUUUGUAUUACAUCAUGGUUUACAUUUUAAAUUACUCAUAGCAUCUAACGCUGUAAUGGCCACAAUCACUUUGUAUUUUUCUCAUCAAUGGUAAAUUAUGUUGUUUUGUAAUGACAUCUGAGUUUUUCCACUCGUUCCUUUCUGGUUUACACUUUGUAUGUGUGUUACUCUUGAAAAGUUGAAUUGAUUUUAGAGUCUCCUCUGUGGAAAUUACAGAACUGUUAUCCAAAGCCAAGCAAUCUGGGAUGCUUAUAAAUUUCCCACGGGGUCCAAAUUCUGCUCCUCUCGACUCUGACUCUUCCCGCUCCUGAUUAGCGACUCAAAUCAGGUGUGUUCGGCCAAACGAGAGCUCGUGAGCACACCUGAUUCAGCUGGUCACGUGAGAUGAGUAGAGCAGGGAGAGGUGGACAUAAGCAGCACCUGAUACACUACUUAUAUCAACCCUUUACUUCGAUUACAGACAACUGACGUCACCCAGGUAACUAUAGUCACAGUAAAAAUGCCCUUCAGAGCAUUACUUCAUUACCCCUAUUUGAAAUACUACUUAAGCUCUGAUUUGCCCCACCUCAGUGCCACACAGGUUGGGUUAGCUGCAUAUAGAGAUUAUGAAAAGAUCAUUUAUCCUCCUGCAACUGACAGCUCAUUCAUCUACCCAUCAUAAGACAAAAUGAUUUGUCUAUAUGUGUCAGUCAGCCUGUGCUAUAUCUGUUUAGGUGAUGAGUUCAGCCAUGUUGCUAGGAAGGAAAAACAACUAUUAGCUCCUAAAAUCUGCUGAUUGGUCCUACAAGUCUGAUGAUAAAUGAAUAGAGCAAGGUAAAUAUUAAAUAAUUCAAUACGUGGAGAGAAAAGUGACCUCCUCCACCACCUUCAAGUUUACCUGCGGAUGAUUAUUUGUUCAGAGCAGGUGUGCACGUUCAACCUGUCAGAUUUCUGUUAGUCUCCCUCUCAGGAGAUGAUGAAACGUCAGAUGACAGUAAGUUAGUCUAACGGACUCCUGGAUAACAUAAUAAACCAGUCAGGUGAGAAUGUAAAUCUCUGUAAUCAAUGACGUUAUGCCUUUUGAAGCAUAAUGUCCUAAAUGACAGCUAAAAUGUAUGUUUGUAGCAAUUUAUUAAAGAGAUAAUAAAUGUAAAAUGUGAUUUAAUAUA